AUGGUUGCAGGGGCGGAUCCAAAGAUACCAUUUCCCUACGGCGGCCUGGACAAGUAUACUGUGUUGCACUUUGAAUCCUAUGAUGGCAACAGGCACGGGCUGGUUGCAGAUCUGGUGAGAGCCGGGGCAGAUGUGAACCAGAAAGAUGACCGAGGAUACACUCCCCUCCAUUCUGCCGCCAACAAUUCCCAGGACGCCACUUGCCUGACAAAUUUGAAGAGCUACCCUGCAAACGCCACAGUUCAAUUCUUUGGGGCUGCUCCCACUCUGGAGUACCUGGUGGCGCAGGGAGGCAACCCCAAUGCUCCAGCGAAUGAUGGGACAAAGCCCAUUGACAUUGUCCCCAAGCCUGACACUGGCAACCUGGCAGACGGUGCAGUGUGGAUGAGCGGCACCUGCAAGGCGACUUAUGAUUACCUGAAGAGUGUGAGCGCCGCUGCCUCCGGACCAUCUGGCUGA